GCUCGGCUUUGUUGUCGUUUCGCGGCUGUUUGCUGUGUUAACAGUUAUCCCUUCAUCUCUCUCUCUUUCUGUCAGAGUCUUUUUCGCCUUCCCCCUCUUUCUCUCCUACAGCCCGUGAAAGGAUUUGGUUCCCUCUGCCUCGGCACAGUCACCUCAACUUGUGAGGAGCUUCAAAGCAAACUUUGAAAUCGUUUUUUCAGCCCAGGAUGGACUGUGGGUUUUCAGUGAAGUGGAGACUUGUGUCUCUGUGAAGCUGGUUGAGGUUUAGGUAAGUCUGACAUGCUGGAGCUGCAGAACCUUGAGGAUGUUAGCGGCGCCGGGCCCCACGCUGAUGGACUCGGUUCUGAUGAGAUGGAGUGUAAGAUCUGCUACUCUGCUUAUAAUCUGGAGAGUUGCAGGCCGAAGGUCCUGGAGUGCCGCCACCGGCUUUGCUCCAAAUGUCUCUGUAAGAUCCUGGAUCUGGGCGAGUCGCCGCCGGACGCCCUGGUGUGUCCGUUCUGCCGCUGCACCACCAGGUUCCUGGGGGAGGCUGUGAGGAACCUGCCUGACGACUGCAGCCUGGUGGCGAGGCUGGCUCUGCAGAGCAGGAAUCAGAGGAACUUCCGGAUCCAGCCGGACUCUGAGGCGGAGCUGCUGCUCAGCCCACGGCGCCUGAACGCCCUGAUGGGGAACAACCAGUCCUACUCCGCCUCCGGCCUCCCCUACUCCAGCAUCAGGAGCUCUCCUAACUUCGUAGUCAUCACCAUCAUGGAGCCUCCACCGGCCACGGCCCAGGACCUCCGGGUCGGCUCCUGCAGACUGACCCGGGACUCGUCCAGUUCGGACUCGCUGGCCUCCGCCUCCCAGCGGUGGACGGUGUGGACCUGCACGGCCCUGAUGUGCCAGACCUCGGCCCGGGUUCUGGUGUGGGUUCUGGGGCUGCUGUACUUCAGCUCGCUGCCCAUGGGGGUCUACCUGCUCAUCAUGCAUCGGACCACGGUCGGGGUGCUGCUGGUGAGCCUGGUGCCCGCCAGCCUCGUCUUGAUCCUCAUCUACGGCUUCUGUCAGUGUGUCUGCUAUGAGCUGUGGCACUGCUUGCCACCGUGACGGGACGAGGAACUGGGCCAAUCACAGCUCUCUGAAAAUAAUGUGGAUGUUUCCAACUUAGACACUGAGAACAAUCUAAAUAAAUCUUAUUUUUAUCCUCUUUA